GGCUCGGGCUGGCGGAGCGCGGGCGAGUGUGAGCGCGCGGGUGCGCACCCCGCGGGAGCCGCUGCCCUCUCGCCCGCCUCGCACCUCGCUCAGGGCAUCUGCGGAACCUGGAGACGGGACAGGCUUAAAGUAUGGCAUGUGGCUGCAGAGAUGAUUUCUGCCAAGCAGGUGCCCACGAUCGUCGCGUGCUGCGGGCUCAGUUUCGCCCUCCUGCACUUCUUGUGCCAGGCGGCUUGCUUAAACGAUUCCCCGGGGCAGAACCCAGAGGAGGAGAAAUUAUGUCCGGAAAAUUUUACCCGCAUCUUGGACAGUUUACUCGAUGGUUAUGACAACAGGCUGCGUCCUGGAUUUGGGGGUCCUGUAACAGAAGUGAAAACUGACAUAUAUGUCACCAGCUUUGGACCUGUUUCAGAUGUUGAAAUGGAAUAUACAAUGGAUGUAUUCUUCAGACAAACAUGGAUUGAUAAGAGGCUAAAAUAUGAUGGCCCAAUUGAAAUAUUGAGGUUAAACAAUAUGAUGGUUACAAAAGUAUGGACUCCAGAUACUUUUUUCAGGAAUGGAAAGAAAUCCGUUUCACAUAAUAUGACAGCUCCAAAUAAGCUUUUUCGAAUUAUGAGAAAUGGUACCAUUUUGUACACAAUGAGACUCACUAUAAGUGCGGAAUGUCCCAUGAGACUGGUGGAUUUCCCCAUGGAUGGACAUGCAUGCCCUUUGAAAUUUGGGAGUUAUGCUUAUCCAAAGAGUGAGAUGAUUUAUACUUGGACAAAAGGACCUGAGAAAUCAGUAGAAGUUCCAAAGGAGUCUUCCAGCUUAGUCCAAUAUGACUUGAUUGGGCAAACUGUAUCAAGUGAAACUAUUAAAUCCAUUACUGGAGAAUAUGUUGUUAUGACAGUUUACUUCCACCUCAGACGAAAGAUGGGCUAUUUCAUGAUUCAAACAUAUAUCCCGUGUAUUAUGACAGUGAUACUUUCUCAAGUUUCAUUCUGGAUAAAUAAGGAAUCAGUUCCUGCUAGAACUGUGUUUGGGAUUACUACCGUCCUCACCAUGACCACACUAAGCAUCAGUGCACGACAUUCUUUGCCCAAAGUGUCCUAUGCCACUGCCAUGGACUGGUUCAUAGCUGUCUGCUUUGCUUUUGUAUUUUCGGCCCUUAUUGAGUUUGCUGCUGUCAACUAUUUCACCAAUAUUCAAAUGCAAAGAGCUAAAAGGAAGACAUCAAAACCCAUCCAGGAAAUUUCAGAAGCGCCAGUGACUAAAGAAAAGCAUCCUGAAGCAACACUGCAGAAUACUACUGCCAACAUAAACAUGAGAAAAAGGACAAAUGCCUUGGUUCACUCCGAAUCUGAGGUUGGCAACAGAACUGAAGGAGAAGACCAUUCCAGCAAACCUUCUACACUUGUCCAAGGAUCUUCCGGAGUCACACAGCAGUCUUCCUUAGCUUCCAGUCCAAACCCAUUCAGCCGUGCAAAUGCAGAUGAAACUAUAUCUGCCGCAAGAGUACUUCCAUCUGCUCCUCCUUCUUCUCCUAGUAGAACUGGGUAUAUGUCCCAACAAGCUUCUUCUACACACCAUGUAUUUGGAUCAAAACUGGAGCGAAUUAAGACCACAGUUAAUACCAUAGGGCCUUCUGGGAAGUUAUCUGCAAAUACCACUCCUGCUGCUCCACCACCUUCAGGAUCUGGCACAAGUAAAAUAGACAAAUAUGCCCGUAUUCUGUUUCCAGUAACAUUUGGAGCAUUCAACAUGGUUUACUGGGUUGUUUAUUUAUCUAAGGACACCAUGGAGAAAUCAGAAAGUCUUAUGUAAUCUUGCUGCUGUAGCACUUUCCUAAUAGAUGAACUUAAUGCAGAAUGUCUUUUUAAAUGUUUUUAAAGAUAUGCAAUUAUUCUUAACUAAUAUAAAAGUUCUAUAGCUUUUUUCCAUUUUGAAAAAUUCGGGAUGCUUACUGGGAAAGUUAAUUAAUUGCUCAGUGAAAAGAAUGUGAACCAUUAUUCAUUUCAGAAAGAUGAUUUAAAUAGACUCAAUUCAGCAUUCAAGUGAGAUAGAAUACAGACCAUCCUGAAAAGUUGAGGCAAGAGAUGUAGAGCUAUUACAUAUACAUGGAGCAUAUUUAUGCACUGAAAUUUGAAAAUAGUCUAUAGCAUUUCAAUAUACCCCAAGAAUCCUAAAUUUCCCAGUGGCACUGACCUUAAUCAGAAUUAUUUAUUGGAUAUCAUAAAUUGUGACCUUUGGAAAGCCUCUUAGUACAUACAGGAAAUAUAAAAAUGAAAGAUUUUUAAAAGAUAAAAUGGGACAAAGCUAAUACUUAUCAACAUAAACUAAUUCUGUGUCAAACAUAAAUAUAGAUACUAAGAAAAAAUGUCCCUGUUACAUGAUUGCCAGAUAUGAUUGAACAGUUAGUUGACUUAAAAUGUGUCCUCUUAGCCAAAGUUUGAAGAAUAUGAAUUAUUUCUGAUGGUAGUUCAUCCAGUUAUAUAUUUUUCCGUGUAUAUUUAUCCAUAGUUUGUUUCAGACACUAUGGUAGAUACUGUCUUCUAGGAAAGUUUUCACCUAUAUCACAAUAGUACAUAAAGUGUAGAGCAGUGUGAGCCAUAGACUAGCUGGGGAUACUGGAUUCUUUAUGAAGGAAAUUUAUUUUGGAUCUGACAAUACAUUCAAAGUAUUUGUUAUUCCUAUAUUGAUAUAGUAUGUUGUGAACAAGGUAUCAUUCACAAAUAACUUGAGAUAAGAACCUCUGAGUACAACUUCAGUAAUUGACUCUUAAAAUAUAAAGAAACUGGAAUACAGAUUGUUCCGUAAAUGAAACAUGUGGGGUAUCUGAAAGUAGAAAUCUGGGCACUGCAAGACUGGUCGAUAUGCUAUAUCAAAUGUGAUUAAAAUCACAAAACAAUUUAAUUAGAAUCAAAGAAUCAUUAGACUUAGGAACUCAAUACAAUACUGCUUAGAUGCUUUUCUAGCAUAAAUCUUUAUUAGUUGCUGAAAACUAACCUUUGGGAGAGUGUCUGUGUCCAUAGUUGUGUAUUUUUCUGGGCAGGUCUGUUUAAUUUUGACGAGCUUGUGUAAAGCUUCAUAACUGAGGUGAGUAUUUUAAAAUGAAAAAAGCAGCAAAACAAUGGAGAAAAUAAAACAGCCAAGGGAUAGGAUACUGCUGUCUGUUAUGCAAUUUGUCAGGAUUUUUAUGUACUGACUUUCUUUUUUUCAUUAGGUAGACUUAACAACUUAAUUGAAUUUCUUGCAGGUGUCUUACACGAUUAAAUCUUAGUCUGUUUUUGUGCUGCUGUGUUGAUUCCAGAUUUUCCUUUACGAAUUACUUCCUGAACUAGGUUGUGUAAAUGAAGUGUUUAAAAUGUUUGGGGGGGUGUUUUGAUUAAAAAAAUGACCACAUUGCAAACAGAUGUCUUUAUUUUUUAAAAAAGAAAUGAUUCUAAAUUGGCAUUGUGUUUUUCAGUUGCUGUAUUGCUUUGUGAUGGUAGCAUACAAGACCUAUAAAAUGUGAAAAUGCCAUGUAUUGACUGUGAGUCAUAUCUUGGAAUUAUUUUCUUUGCUGUCUAAAUAUUUUCUAGACUCAUCAAUAAGGCUGAAAGAUGAAUGAGAAGUCGUCCAGUCCAAACCUCAUUUACAAUUUAAGGCCAGUAAUAGGCCAAAUAAAAUUUGUAUAUAUGUAUAUAUUUAAUAAAGAGUAAUUAUAAAAUUAUAAUAAAUUAUUUCAUGAA